AUGGCUUGGCCGAUCAUUGGAGGAGUCACUGAACGACCCAACCACCAAUCCAACCACCCACCCAACCACCCACACAACCACCCACCCAACCACCCAACCACCCACCCAACCAACCACCCAACCAACCACCCAACCAACCAUCCAACCACCCAACCAUCCAACCAUCCAACCACCCACCCAACCACCCACCCAACCACCCAACCACCCAACCACCCACCCAACCAACCACCCAACCAACCAUCCAACUACCCAACCAUCCAACCACCCAACCAUCCAACCAACCACCCAGCCAUCCAACCACCCACCCAACCACCCACCCAUCCAACCAACCACCCAGCCAUCCAACCACCCAGCCAUCCAACCACCCAGCCAUCCAACCAACCACCCAGCCAUCCAACCACCCAGCCAUCCAACCAACCACCCAUCCAACCAACCACCCAGCCAUCCAACCACCCAGCCAUCCAACCACCCAUCCAACCACCCACCCAGCCACCCACCCAACCACCCAAGGCUACGGCAAUGGGCCAUUUACAUUAA